UGUAAAAGCUACGCCAAGCCUCCUGUAUAGGGUUUCCUUUGGUCAGGUACAUUGGCUGUGUUUGAAAUGGAAUAAUGAAUCAAUUGGAAGACUUUGUGAAAAAUGUGAUGGCAAAUGUGUGAUCUGUGACUCGUACGUGCGGCCCUGCACUCUGGUGCGCAUAUGUGAUGAGUGUAACUACGGCUCGUACCAAGGGCGCUGCGUGAUCUGCGGGGGCCCAGGAGUGUCGGACGCCUACUACUGCAAGGAGUGCACCAUCCAGGAAAAAGAUAGAGAUGGUUGCCCUAAGAUCGUCAACCUGGGCAGUUCCAAGACAGAUCUCUUCUAUGAAAGGAAAAAGUAUGGCUUCAAGAAGAGGUGAUCCUAUCUGUACGUGGCUACACCUCCUGCUGGGUUGGCAAGAGGGUCUUAGACCAUCUCUGGACUUUACUAUUAUUGAAAACCGGUUGAUUAUUUUUUUCUAAAGCAGUACAAAUCCAGUAGUAUACUUGGGGUUGGAGAAGUGAUAGACUGAGCAGGGACUGAAACCUGAUCAGAACUGACUAUCAGAAAGAGCAAGUGAGGGUUACUGUCUCUGGCCUUUUCAGAAGCUCUGCUGGUAGCUGUCCCAGCUCACUAUAAAAACCCUUGUGGGCAAGUAUUUACACCUGGAGGAGACCAGCUCAGU